GAUAUGGAAGCUAAGGAAUAUGAGAAUUUGGAAGGAACGGGGGAAGCCGAUUUAUGUGAUGACUUUGUGAUGAGCCCAAGAGACAUGAGAAUUUUAGAAGAUGCUCGAGAUGUUUCUCAAAAAGAUGAAGGUGGUAAUGAGAAUAACAGAGAAACGCCAUCUAUCAAACGGGCUGUCGGAAAGAGGGAGAGGAAGGAUGGACCCUCUGUUACUUCACCUUAUAUGCCUCUAGAUCAACCAAAGGAAGGCACAAAGAAGAGACGUGUCAUCCAUAUAUUGGAUAGUCCUGAGGGGAAAAAAAGUGCAAAAAUGAAGAAGGCUUCAUACCUACAUCUAGAGACUAUCCAGGUAAGGCACUGGCCUUUGAUUAUGAGAACAAAUUAA